CGGCCGCUGACAUGGGCCGUACUAUAUUUUCAGCUGGGGUUAGGUCUGCGACGUGGGAGAAUUUUCUGUCACUGACUCCAGGUUCACAGGUUGAUGUUGCGGUUAUAGAUGCCUGGGCUGCUGUGCUCAAUUUUUUGGAGCAUUCUAAGCCUCGGUCGGCCCCGUCUCGCCAUUUUGCUUCGACGUUCACAACGCUCACGACUGUGGUUGAUACUUCCCGUGGAUGGGAGCAAAGGGUCGUGUGGUUCCGUGAGAGGUUAAUGAUGGACCUCCGGGCAUCUCCGUAUGAGAAUAUUACGGCGAUUGACAUGAUUUUUUUCCCAAUUCUACGCUGUGGUCACUAUUUUCUGUUGUGCUUUGAUUUUGUCCGGGGUCGGUAUGAGAUCAUUGAUAAUGACUCUUAUCCCACUGCGAAGGUUGACAAGUAUGGUGGCUGUGUUGAUGUGUUGAAGGCAAUUCUAUUUGAGUUCUUUGAGGCUAUUUCUCCUUCGAGGGCAACAGUUUGUGCUGGAGCUGUAUCCAAGCGUUUGCAAAUGGGAUGGCGUGAUUCGAAGAAUAAGAUCAAUUGUGGCAUUUUUUUGAUGCGGCACAUGGAGACUUAUGUUGGCCAGCGGGUUCGUGAUUGGGAGUGUGGCUUGGUUAAGGGUGACUAUACAGUGCUGCACAAGUUACGGUUGCGGUAUAUGAAUGAGCUGGUCACGUCGCAGUGUAAUGUGAUGAGGGAAGACAACCUUGCUCGUGCUUACCAGUCGAUAUUAGUUCAACCCCCGUCCACUUAG